CUCAGCGCCGGGCCCGGCCCGGCGGCCAGAGGAGCUCGCUGGGGUACGGUGACAGCUGCGGGUGUCGGCGCCCAACCGGGCUGGGGCGAGAGGAGGCGCCCGAGCUUCAGGCAAGGCCGCUGCCUCCCGGGCGGGCCGCCCCUGCGCCGCGGCCAUGAACGCCUCAGCCUUCACUCUCGUUCCCCUCAGGUUCGCACCCCAAAUGGCAGCUGCGCGGCUUCGCCAGCUGCCUGCUCUUUCCCGUCUCUGCGUGGACCCCGCCUGGGAAGUCCUGCCCGCGAUUCAGGACAAGCUCCGGCAGAGAAGAGGCCUCCUACCGCCACAACGCUACCAUCUCCCUCACUGCCGCCCGGGGAGGAAGAGGCGGGCAGAAAGGGCUUCCCAGCCCCUCUGCCACGGCCGGUCCUCCAGCUCUAUGGCAGGGAGAGGAGGCGCGCCUACCUCGGUAGCCAUGGCCGCCCCGCCUCGUCCGAAGAGGCGCGGGAGGAGCUUGCGGUGCCGGUUCACCCCUCCGCAUCCCGUCAAGCCUUGCGCGGCUGCGGCCUUGGGGUUUGUUGCGCGGGUGCCACAGCGUCUCCAGAAGUUUCCUGGGGACGGCAUGGCGGCGGCGGGAGCGGCCCCUCCGCGGUUCUCGGACGCGGACAUCGACCGGGACCCGGGGGCAGCGGCGCAGGAGCUGACAACAGCUUUGGAGAAGAAUCCAGAUGAUGCUGAAUAUUAUUGUCAACGAGCUUAUGCUCAUAUUCUUCUACAGAAAUAUGCUGAUGCAGUUGCGGAUGCAAAGAAAUCUCUAGAACUCAACCCCAGUAAUGCUGUAGCGCUCCUUAGAAAAGGGUUAGGUGAAUAUCAUAUCAAAAACUAUGCAUCUGCUUUAGAGUCUUUCAGAGAGGGACAGAGGUUGGACAAUGUAGAUGAUACCUUUACUAUUUGGAUUAAAAGAUGUGAGGAAACACUAAAUGCAUCACAGACAGAAAUGCAACCUCUGCCACCAAAGAUCAAAUAUGACUGGUACCAAACAGAUUCUCAAGUAAUUGUGACUAUAAUGAUCAAGAAUGCGCAGAAGGAUGAUGUCAGUGUGCAGUUCUCGGAGAAAGAGAUGAAUGCAUCAGUGAGACUUGCAUCAGGUGAAGACUACAACUUAAAGCUUGUUCUUCUUCAUUCUAUAGUGCCAGAGCAAAGUACAUUUAAAGUGCUUUCAACAAAGGUUGAGAUAAAAAUGAAGAAGCCAGAGGCUGUAAGAUGGGAGAAGCUGGAGGGCCAGGGAGAUUCGCCUAAGUUAAAGCAAUUUACACCAGAUACCCAGCACUUGUAUCCAUCAUCCUCUCACUAUACGAGGAACUGGGACAAACUGGUAGUUGAAAUCAAAGAGGAGGAGAAAAAUGAGAAGUUAGAAGGAGAUGCUGCUUUAAAUAAACUCUUCCAGCAAAUUUAUUCAGAUGGUACAGAUGAAGUAAAACGUGCCAUGAACAAAUCGUUUAUGGAGUCUGGAGGCACAGUUCUGAGCACCAACUGGUCUGAUGUUGGUAAAAGGAAGGUAGAAGUAAAUCCUCCUGAUGACAUGGAAUGGAAAAAAUUCUAAUCCUAUUUUUAAUCUUUUACCAUCUAUGUGUUGCCAUAGUCAUGUACUGACCACUGUGUAUGGACAUAGCAUUUUUGGAUUCAAAGCACUGAAUGUUCCCUUGGAAACAGGAAUCGUCUUUGCGUUUUGCGUGCUUUAGAAAUUCCUUCAUCUGCAGAUGUUAAAGAUAUACUCAAGAGUGGAACCUAUUUUCAUCAUCUCUGUCUAAUUUUUGGAAAUUGAGUCAAUCACAGUCUAAAUUUUUUACCGCCUUUAUCAGCUCUGCUCUUUGGGGAUGGGGUGAUCUCUAAUGGGCUGGUCAGGAUUAUUGCCUUACGCCUGAUAUUUCUGUUCAAUAACUUAUUACAUCUUGGCAACUUUGGGUAAAAAUGCUUUUCAACAACAGUGUUAAAAUUGUUUGCUCUUUAACUCUGCUAAAUAAAACUGUAAAUAGAA